AUGUCUAAGCCCAAGGCUUAUCUCAAGCAGUCGAAGUCGAAAAAGAAAGUAGGACAGGCUUUGGACACGGCCGAUGAUUUUCAGGCAGCUGGGGUGGACUUCGAAGAGGCUGCAGGGAAAUGGAGAGCCGGCGAUGGUGCCAAGUCUAUGCGUUUCUUCUGCCGGGCGAUUGAGGUGUAUGACCAGGGAUUGCAAAAGUUCCCAGCCAGCCUCGACCUGGCCUAUAAUAAAGCAAGAAUCCUGUUGGAGGUCGCAACGCAUCCUCUCCUUGUGCCACAUUUGACACGUCCACUUCUGGAAGUUCUGGACCAAGCAUUGAGCGCCCACCGCUACGCUCUCCAACUCGAUCAGGACAAUCCGGACACUUUGUUCAACGCGGCUCAGGUGCUGACAGCUAUUGCCGAGGCAUAUGCCAGAGACGAGGAAUAUGCUGCUCAAAAUGCUCUGCAGCUACUUGAGGAAGCUUUGGAACUCCAGAACCGUUGUUUGAGCAUUCAAGAACUCAAGUUCGAAGACCAUAUUCGCCAGCAGAACGAGGCGGCUCGAAGUACAGGGGAGACGCCGGUUGAACCAGCCCCGGCACCCAGCGACGACGGGAACGACGAUGCGGAUGAGGAUGGGCAGCAGGCUGCCAAUUACUUGGAAGAUAGAUGGUUUUCGGUCGUGGAACCAGUCACCAAGGAUACACUUGUUGACACCGUCCUUGCACAAUUAGGCACUCUUACUACGCUAUGCAGCGUGCUGAGUUCUUCAGAAUCAUCUGCUCCUAGCACCAGCCUUGCCUGGAUCGAAGAAUAUUCUUCUAAGCUGAUCAAGGCAAAGUUGCCACAACUCCUUCAGGAUGCGGAUGCCGAACGAUUGCAAGAAGUCGCCCUUGCGCGUGCAAAUUUUGUAUCGGAGUUGUUGAAAGCCGGCCAUGCCCAGAACUCGAUCGAUCCCGAGACAUACAGGAGAGAACGAGACGAAGCAUUCCGUGUGGCUGAGCUGGGCCUGGAAAGGAGUUUCGCUGCUCUGAUGGCCAACGCGCACAGUCUAGUCUCAUUCAACGCUGCUCUUGCAGAAGGUCUACCGUCCCAUGCUAUCUCCCAUGCAGCCUCAAGAUGGAGCGCGCUUUCGGCCGCAAUAGCCAACAUGGCCACAGCAUCGAAAUUGUCGGACCCUCUUCCCGAUGAUAUUGCUGACACACACUUCUUCCGCGGGAACUGCUCGCUCCUGCAGCAUCAGCUGGGACAACCACCAGUGUCUUACGCUGCAGCAGUGUCAAAUAGCAAACAGCUCCUGAAGAAUGCGGAGACUUUCUACCGCAAUGCCAGCAAAUUGUACCAAGACGGCGACCAGAAAGCGGUAGCUCAACUCCGCGCAGCAGUGGCUCAAUCUCUCCAGGAAAGCACCGAUGUCAUCGCAAACGCUGCUCGUGACUGCCAAGCGAAGGGAGAGGAGUGGAUCAAGAAUCAGCUUGAUGAUAUGGUCGACGAUGGGCUUAUCAACCCGCUUCCUCCAAUCUCCCAGAUGUCUGGCGGACUCAGAUGA